AUGUUUAUGAUGUUAGUCGUAGAAGCUGAGGCGAACGACCAGGUUAUCACUGGCAAGGUUCUUGUUUCUUUCGUUCCUGCUUUAUCACUCUUUGACUCUGGGGCUUCCCAUUGUUUUUUAUCUCGUCGAUUUGCAAGUGCCCACUCUCUUCCUAUAACUUCUCUGACUAUAGGCUGGAAUAUCAACACUAGUAGUGGCGUUUUAGUAGCAUCCAGUGAUUAUGAAGCAUGUCCUGUGGUCAUCUGUAGGAGGGAACUCUUUGCAGACUUUCUAGUGAUUGAUUUGUCGAGCUUUGAUGCAGUAUUUACGAUGGAUUGGUUGGGGUCAUUCUUUGCCACCAUUGAUUGUCGCCAUCGGAGCAUAGUAUUUAAGAUACCGGAUCACCCGAGGUUUGAGUUCCUCAGUGGCAGUACAUCGGUCGGACAUGUAGAGUACAGAGCUAGACAGAAAAAGGCGAUGUUAGCUGCAAUGCAAGUGGAAUCCGAGAAGCCAGAUGUAGUUCAAGAAUUUGAAGAUGUGUUUCCUGACGAUAUUUACGGAUUGCCACCGGAUCAAGCAAUUGAGUAUUCCAUAGAUUUAAAGCCUGGAGUUGCUUCGAUCUCUAAGAACCCUUAUAAUAUGCCUCUGGCAGAAUUAGCCGAGCUUCGGACUCAGUUGGAUGACCUCUUGCAGAGAGGCUUGAUUCGACCCAGUUUAUCGGUCUAG